GCUUUCAAGUCUACCCCACGGGGCCCUUUCCUCACUGCCACAGUAGCCUCGGCUGCCACCCAGCUUCGGAAGAUGCAAGAUCCGGCUGAAUGAAUAAAUAGCCAGUGGCCAGAGGUCAGUACCAGAAGAAGGCCAGACUCCAUGCGCCCAACUCCCCGGCUUGGGUGACAAGUUCGGGGGAAGGGAAGGGCUGUGUCCGACCCAGGACCCAGAGGAAGAGCUGGUCCCCGGAAGCCAUCAGUGCCGGGGCUUGGCGUCCCCAUGAGCCACAUCCACUCCGGGGCGUGCCCGGGCGCCGGGGGCCUGAGGGGUGCUGGAGCCGGGCCGGGCCGGGCCGGCCGGACCCAUCGGAGCUAGGAUGAGCGGAGUACAGCGCUGGCUGGGACUGGGGGUCAGCUUGUACGUCUGUGGGCUGCUGGAACCGAGCACCGUGGUCCGGCCCGGCCCACCCGCUGCCUCACUAGGGACCCCCGAGGGCCCCUCUGCCGACGGGCCCCACCCGCGAGCCAAGAGAAGCUGGGUUUGGAACCAGUUCUUUGUUUUGGAGGAAUAUACGGGGACAGAGCCGCUGUACGUCGGUAAGCUGCACUCAGACAUGGACAGGGGUGACGGCUCCAUCAGGUACAUCCUGUCGGGAGAGGGAGCGGGAGCCGUGUUCACCAUCGACGAUGCCACCGGGGACAUCCACGCCACUCAGAGGCUGGACCGGGAGGAAAGGCCACAGUACACCCUGAGGGCCCAGGCGCUGGACAGGCGGACGGGGCGGCCCAUGGAGCCAGAGUCCGAGUUCGUCAUCAAAAUCCAAGACAUCAACGACAAUGAGCCCAGGUUCCCGGACGGGCCUUAUGCGGCCACCGUGGCCGAGAUGUCUCCCGUGGGAACCUCUGUUAUCCAGGUGACGGCCACCGAUGCCGAUGACCCAAGCUACGGGAGCAGCGCCAGGGUGGUAUACAGUAUCCUUCAGGGUCAGCCCUACUUUUCUGUGGAUUCCAAAACAGGCUUGAUUAGGACUGCGCUGAUGAAUAUGGACAGAGAGGCAAAGGAGAGCUACGAAGUGAUCAUCCAGGCCAAGGACAUGGGGGGUCAGCUCGGAGGGCUGGCUGGGACUGUCACCGUCAACAUCUCUCUCUCUGAUGUCAACGACAACCCGCCCCGAUUCCCUCAGAAGCAUUAUCAGAUGAGCGUGUCGGAGUCGGCACCGGUCAGCUCCACGGUCGGGCGGGUGUUCGCCAAAGACCCGGACGAAGGAAUCAAUGCCGAAAUGACAUACAGUCUGCUGGAGGGCGACGGCCUGGAUGCCUUCGACAUCAGCACCGAUCCCAACUUUCAAGUCGGCAUCAUAACUGUAAGGAAGCCGCUGAGCUUUGAGAGCAAGAGGAGCUACACGCUGAAGGUGGAGGGGGCCAAUCGGCACUCCGAACUACGCUUCCUGAGCCUGGGCCCGUUCCAGGACACGACGACGGUGCACAUCAGCGUGGAGGACGUCGACGAGCCUCCCGUCUUCGAGCUGGGCACCUACUUUGUGGAGGUGCCCGAGGACGUUGAGAUCGGCGCCACCGUUCGGACCCUGUCCGCCGCCGACCCGGACGUGACCAACAAUUCCAUCCGAUAUUCGAUUGACAGAAGCAGUGAUCCGGGGAGAUUCUUCUACGUAGACAUCACCACGGGCGCUCUGAUGACUGCCAGGCCCCUCGAUCGGGAAGAGGUUCCAUGGCACAACCUCACCAUCUUGGCGGUGGAGAUGAACAAUCCCGCCCAGAUCGGCAGCGUCUCUGUCACCGUGAAAGUCCUGGAUGUGAAUGACAAUGCCCCAGAGUUCCCCGGGUUUUACGAGGCUUUCGUCUGUGAAAAUGCCAGAGCAGGGCAGGUGAUUCAAACCCUGAGCGCUGUGGACCAGGACGACCCCCAGGACGGCCAGCACUUCUUCUACAGCUUGGGCCCCGAGGCAGCCAACAAUGCCAACUUCACUCUGUGGGACAAUCAAGACAACACGGCCCGAGUCCUCACCCGGAGGUCCGGGUUCAGGCAGCUGGAGCAGAAGACCUUUCAGCUGCCGAUCCUGGUGGCGGACGGCGGACGGCCCCCGCUGAGCGGUACGGGCACGCUGACGGUCCACGUGUGCAGCUGCGACGACCACGGUGACGUGCUGUCCUGUGACGCCGAGGCCCUGGGCCUGCCCGCCAGCCUGAGCCGGAGUGCUCUCAUUGCCGUCCUAGCCUGCGUCUUUGUGCUCUUAGCUCUGGUGCUCGUGGUCCUGUCCUGGAGGCGGCGGCGGAAGCGGCCCUGCGUGCCGGACGACGAGGAGAACGUCCACGAGAACAUCGUGCGCUACGACGACGAAGGGGGCGGCGAGGAGGACACAGAGGCCUUCGACAUCGCCGCCAUGUGGAACCCCCGGGAGGCCCGGGCGGCGGGGGGGUUGGUGGGUGGGCGCGGGGACCCGUUGCCCGAGAUAGCCAGCCUGUCUGGGCAGGUGGCCUGGGGCGGGGGCGGCGUGCAGGGCUACGUGCUGGCCAAGCUCCACGAGGCCGACACCGACCUCUGGGCUCCCCCCUUCGACUCGCUCCAGACCUACGUGUUCGAGGGGGCCGGCUCGGUGGCCCAGUCCCUCAGCUCGCUGCACUCGGCCGCCGGCUCCGACUCGGACCAGAGCUUCGACUUCCUGACGGGCUGGGGCCCGCCCUUCCAGAAGCUGGCCGUCAUGUACGGGGUCUCCGAGGCCCGGGGGCCCCCGUGGUAGCCAGUGUGGGAUUCUCCUCCUCCUUUGAGGCUGCCAGGAAUCGAGGGGUCGCCGCCACCCCCCGAGAAGCGGGAGCAAGCUGAGGAUGAAGUGUGUACGUGGGGGUCGGGGAUCCCACAUGUGGCUGAAGGAAGCAAGCCCGGGGGGAGGCCUUCCAGGGGUGGGGGUUUCAGCAGCCAGCACGAGAGCCUGAGCCCCGAGGUGGGCUUCCUCCUGACAGAAGCCAUCACCCGGCUGGAAGGAAGAGCUCCAGGCCUCAGGCCUCAACCGUGGUUUCUCGGUUUGGGGGGUGGGAAGGGGAGUGGGGGGACGAAGGGACCAGCUUCCGCUUCUAAUUUGACUCGAUUCCCUCCGAGGGAACGAGCAGGCAGAUUGGACAGCACAGAGGCAACCCGACAGGCCGCUCGGGCCUGGGAAGCCAGGCCAUCUCUUCACCCUGGAGGGCCGAGGUUUAGGAGCUUGGGGAGGACCUUGCAUGGGGAGGGGCGGGAGAGGGGGUCAGGG